AUGCAUUCGCCAAAUCUCCAGGAUGCCCAACUAGAGGCAGCCAAUGGAGAAGGCACUGGCAUCAACAUGGCUGAAGACCUCGAGAAGCCUUCUUCUGCUAGUACCAUAGUCGAUGAACCGCCUCUAGAUCAUAACGUCGUUGACUGGGACGGCCCUGAUGACCCUGAACACCCUCUCAAUUGGUCCAAGGGUCAGAAGAAUCUGCACUUGGUCAUCGUUAGUCUCUUCGCUCUCACAGCAAAUCUCGCCGCAACCAUGUUCGCCCCCGGAGCAGCCGAACUGGCCCUAGAAUUCAACAUCACCGACAGUACUGUCAAGGCCAUGACCGUCAGCUUAUACGUCCUCGGCUUCGCAUUCGGGCCCCUUCUUCUUGCGCCUCUUUCCGAACUCUACGGUCGUCUCGUUAUCUAUUACUACUGUAACUUGGUCUACAUUGCUUUCACUUUCGGCUGCGCCUUUAGCACAAAUACCGCUAUGUUUCUUGCCUUUCGAAUGAUCUGCGGCUGUGCUGCCUCGGGGCCCAUGUCUGUUGGCGGCGGGACCAUAGCAGACUUGUUUCCUCAGAAGGAACGGGGUAAGGCCAUGGCACUUUUCACUGUAGGGCCAUUAUUGGGUCCUGUAAUUGGCCCUAUUAUUGGCGGAUUUGUUUCCGAGGACGUGGGCUGGCGAUGGACAUUUCGCAUACUUUUAAUUCUUUCUGGAAUAGUCGGUAUCGCCACAGUUGUCUUUAUGCGAGAGACGAACUCUACUAUCCUUUUACAAAGGAGAGUACAGCGUUUGCGUAAAGAGACCGGAAACGACGAGCUUAUCCCCAAAACGAUUAGAAAUGAUACACCGCGACAGAUGAUCACUCGCGCCAUUGUGCGACCAGUCAAAUUACUUAUCAUGUCUCCAAUUGUCCUACUGGUGUCACUCUACACCGGCAUUAUCUUCGGCCUGGUCUUCCUACUCUUCACGACAUUUCCUUCUGUCUUCGAAGACACGUAUGGCUUUUCGCCAGGUGUCGCCGGGCUAGCCUAUCUGGGACUGGGAAUAGGCAUAGCCCUGGGAUUGUUCACGUUUUCUAUUCUCAGCGACAAGCUCCUGGGGAUGAAACACGGCGACGGUCUCCAGCCUGCAGCGCCCAGGCCCGAGGACCGUCUUAUUUUGAUGAAAUGGCUAGGUCCCAUCACUCCGCUGGGCCUUUUCAUAUAUGGCUGGGCAGCUGAAUAUAGUGUUCACUGGAUCGUGCCCAUCAUAGGCACAUUUGUUGUUGGCUUCGGUUCCCUGUUUGUGGUGAUACCUGGACAAAUCUACCUCGUAGACUCCUUCGGUGCUGAAGCAGCAGCGUCAGCCAUGGCAGCCAACUUGCUCAUUCGAUCUCCCUUUGGUGCUUUUCUGGACCUUGCUGCAUUUCCGCUUUAUUCGAAGCUCGGAUUGGGCUGGGGAAACAGCGUGUUAGGCUUUAUCUGCCUUGCCUUUACUCCUGUGCCGUGGUUCUUUUAUACAUAUGGAGAGAGAAUGCGCACUCGUUUUCAGGUCAACCUGUGA